CCGCGCCUGCGAACCCGCCGCUCUUCCUCCCGCCGUAGAACUCGCCGGAAGGAGAUCCAUCCGCUGUCUUGGACGCCGAUUCCCCCGGUCCGUUGGUAUGGCACCGGUCCCUACUUGUUCGUUUUUCUUUCUUGAUCUCCUUUUCCUUUUUUCUUGCUGUGUGUUACGGCUUCUCGUCGAUAAAGAUUGCCGCCGCCGUCCGCCGCCCUCGCCUGGACCUCGAGUGAAGAUCGAUUUCUUCCUGGACGCCGUAGAUUUGUACUGAAAGACCUUGUCUCUCCAAGUUACCUGAUCGGUUGGGAGCAGCAGACAUUGGGGUGACAGGCAUGAUGUGUAGCAGUGAGAAGAAGGCUGCCAUGCCAAGCAGCAAGCGUCUGAAGGCCGCCCUACCCGUACGCAGGGCGACAGUUGCAGAGGACAUCAUGACGGAGGUGCUGCUGAGGCUUCCCAUCAAAUCCAUUGUCCGCUUCCGGGCCGUCUGCCGCUCCUGGGCCACGCUGCUCUCCUCCGAGGAGUUCUGCAGACUCCACCGGGCGAUCACCAGGGCUGCGGGGGUGCCACUGAAGCUUCUGCACUUCUCCCCCACCGCAAUGUUCCGCACCAUGACGGCGUACUCAUGCUCGCUGGCGCAAGGCCCCAGAGACGACGAGCUUCUGUUCACCCUUGACUAUGCCCGUGGGAAGUGGGUAGAAGUGUUGACACCUGCAUCGUGCCAUGGCCUCACCCUCCUGUAUGAUGCUCUUGCCAAGGCUUACUACAUCUGCAAUGCGGCCACACGGGCAGUGACGCGUCUGCCACAUUCUGCCACGGUGGCGCCACACAGGAUUAGUACCGGACUGGGAUUUGAUGCACACACAAGGGAGCACAAGGUGGUGAGGUUGAUCAAUGGGGCACACCGGUCCCCUGAGCAGGAUACGAUCAGGUGUGAGGUGUACACGCCUGGAGGAAGCCAUGGGGAUUGCUGGAGGCCGGCUGCCGGAGGGGUACCCUUUGGGUUGCGAAGAUUUACAGACUCUGCCGUGUGUAACGCUGUCGAACAGAGGUUAGCUCCUGUGUUUGCGAAAGGGUUCCUGCACUGGUUGAUUCAGCCUUACCUUCUCUUCAAACGGCCAAGAGGGGCCAUCGUAUACUUUUCUGUCAUGGAGGAGACAUUCAGAUGUGUCCAAUCACCUCCCUUCCUGUCACCAGAUUUUGGGCAAAAUCCUCCAUUCUCAGCACCGGGAUUCGACCUGCCAUUUGCUCACCAGGCACCACCAGCGGGGCACCUAGUGGAGAUGGAUAACCAGCUAUGUCUGGUCCGAGACCGUCGCAGUAACCCUCAUGGUAGCACUAUGGAGAUUUGGAGACUGCUGGAAUAUAGCUCUGGCAACUGGUCGCUAGAUCACAGAAUCGAUUUAUCAGGGCACGCCAUGGGGAGGGAAUUACGCGAGCCACAGACCGUGAGAGUUAUUGGUUUUAUUGACAGUGGCAGAUCAGGGAAGAAGUUAAUCAUCACUACUUGCAAGCACAAGGUUCACGAGAAGUUUGAAAAAAAGGUUCACACUUACGACCUCAGUUCUCAUGAUCUGGAGACCAUUCUUUCUGUCACUGAGACAAGCCCAUUGGUGUAUGAAUUUAUCUAUGAUAAACCACUUCCUUCAAGAUUUGGUUUAUUUGAAGACUGCCUUACUCCAAUACAUAAAACAGAUGAAGAGAUAGCCUUGUCGUCUACCCUGUCUAAGGCGGUAAAACAGAUCCUACUCCGCCUCCCAGCUAAAUCAGUAGAACAGUCCAAAUUGAUCUGCAAGCAGUGGCUCGGGUUGAUCAAGAGUGAAAGCUUCAUGCGGUCAUACUUUGAGCAUAAGAAUACAGGCAGAAGGCCAAAGCUCAUGCUUGUGGGUAAGGGCACUGGACAAUCAGCCUUCUGUUUUGCUCCCUUGGAUACAUGGCUUAGUGAUGCUUCUAAUCAUUGUGCGUUGCUUGAUACAAAGGUGGUUUGCUCCAAGCCUUGCCAUGGGAUGAACCUAGUGAGCACCUCUACAAAUGACUAUCUCUACAACCCAGGCACAGGUUUCCACAGGGUCUAUCGUAACCCAGGACCGCAGAUGUACCUAGCAUUGGGAAGCCAAAGAAUUAAUGCGGCAGAAAAACAUGCAUUUGCAGUCAGCGGCAAGAAUGUUGGCCUGACUUUCGACCCUUUGUCUCGUGAGCAUGUUAUUGUUGAAAUCGUCUAUCACCAGAAGAACUUCCAUUCUCGUGGAUAUAGGUCGGUUUGCGAGCUGCGGUGGUGUAACUCCGCGGAACUUGCCCAUGAAUACUUGGUGCCGCUGCCGCCUCUGCCCGUGAAUGACAUGCCACCCGCCUAUGUCGGAGGUGUGCUGUACUGGAUGAGUGACCCAAGGCUGGGUCGGAGCUACGAACGAGCCAUCGUCUCUUUCGAUAUCUCUACGAGACUGUUCGAUACCAUCCAUUGCCCUUCGUGCAUCACGGUAUGGAGUAAGAGGAGCCCAUGCAGUGCAUUUGUGGUAGAGCUUCAGGGAGCAUUAUGCGCUGUUCUUGCAGAUCCAGUGACAAACAGCUUAGACGUAUGGAGGCUAGAGCGUGGGCGUUGCAUAUGGGGCAGAGCAUGGGUGAUUCGUUUGGAAGCGUCGCCUGACUAUUCUCUUGUGACAAAUGUUGUGGUGCCAUUGGCUGUUGAUCCCAAAGACGGGGGAAUCCUGCUGAAUACUGGCAGAAACCUAGGUGUCUAUGAUCCGCUCAAGCAAACAAUUCAGAGUCUGUAUUCACAAGAUCAGUUACCGCUUGCCACAAGUGCGCCAUACCUAGGAGUCCCUCAACGAUCCAAGUUUACUUCAUCGGAGGAUAAUUCAGCAUUGGACAGCGAGAUUCUGCCGCUUGUUCCUAUGGUGUAUGAGGAGAGCUUGGCUUGUUAUCCCCGUGUGGGCCUAGGAAGAUGGUUGUCAUUCUGCUGAUUCAUCGUCAAGUGGUAGCAUUUCCAUCAUCAUCUAGGCUGGUUAUAUUAAGUUCGAACCGCAACACCUCUUUUUGGUAAUGUAAUAGUGUGAUCUU